ACUGGCAAAUUACGUUUCAAGAAGUGCUUGCACAGGACGUAUACAAUACCGAGCCUCAAACCCCCAGACGUCGUGUACGAAAUGUAAAUUAUUAUACUUGUGCUCAGAUUGAAAGUAUGAAAAAACAAAAAUGUAAACAAGUAAGCAACCCUAUUCAAGAAUCAAAUGUUCAACAGCAGAAUACUUUAGUUCCAGAGCAAACUUCUUUCUCUGCUAAUCCUUUAAAACGUUUACAUCGCACUACUUCGGAAAUAGAAAGAACAAUUCUUUCACGAUUACUUGAACUUGGAGAUACAAUAUCUAAUAAUAAAAUUCAAGAAGCAGUAUCAGAUCUUAAUACGGUUUCUUCAGAUUGGACAGACAAAAAAGUUAGGCAGUAUUUAAUAAAUCACAAGAACAAGAAAGUUUAA